AUAAUUUUUUUAAAUUGAACCGGAUCGAACUUUAAUUUUGGAUUACAAGGUUCCGUUAAAAAACAAUUCUGUUUUAUUUAUAUCAAUUGUUAUUCUCUGCGUUGAUCUUUGUUUCAAUUAUGCACACUUAGUGUUUGAUAAAAUUCCUCAAUGAAAUUCAUUUGUGUGAUGAUUGUUAAAUUUAGCAUUUGAAUUUUUUUGGUCGUGUUGAUGGGUCAAUAUCAACGGAACUUGCCACAUUUUGGAACCCUGCGUGGAUUUUGGGAUCAAAAGGCUUGUAUAUGUGAGCACAUAUAAUUCUUAUGACGACGAGAAGAAGUCAAUGACUACACCACCGCGCCGUUCAACACGAACAACAGCAAGUCAAACUAAGUCUCCACCUUCUUGAACACCAUCUCAUUCAGAACUCUCUCAAGACAGUGCUUACCAUGAUCAAAACCAGCGGACUAGAAGAUCAGAAAGCUACAGUAGAUAAAAUAGUUUUGUAUCCUGCCGUAUUGGAGGACAUUAUUUUAAGCCGGCUAGAGAGGCCGGUCAAGAUGGUCUCUCUCUCAGGGAAGUUGAGAUCAGGCAGCUAUGUUGCUCUGGUGGAGAGAUAUUCUUUCGACAGCCUAAUUUGCUUGAGCUCGAAGCGCCCAUCACUAUCUCUGCAGUUUAGUUUGCGAUUUGCUAAGUCGGAUCCUGAUAGCGAUGUCCGAGGAUGGGAAAUGAAUAAUAGAGGAGUUUCAUACACCUUUGGCCUCGAUAAAGUGUCGGAAUUCUUGACAAAGCAUGACUUAGAUCUUAUUUGUCGCGCUCAUCAGGGAAACUGGAUGAACCUGAAGAUUUCCAGCUAGGAAUCUUCUAACUAGAAGAUGUGAUUUGUGACUGUGCUUUAUGCUUAAUUUCUAGUUGUUGAGUGAUGUCUUCAGAAAUCCUGUCUGGAGGCUGAUGCUGUGUAAUGUACUGCAUUCAGAUUUUUUUUUUUCUCAUUUUAGUCUCAGUUACAGUUUUGUUUGCCUCCAUAGUUCUGAUGAUUUGUCCUUGUGUAUAUAGUUUUAAGAAGGUAAUCUUAUUGUGCUUUUGAGUUUGAGCACCACAAAGAUGGUUGCAUUUACAACCCAAGAUAGCUUCUUAUGUUCCUUAUGACA